AGCCCUGCCAACCUGUCAGUCCAGCCAUGCAAGAAGAGAGGGAGAGAAGACAGAGGAAAAGAAAGGAGGGAGUGAAGCAGAGAUUCUUUCAAACCUCAGCGGGACGUUAAGAUUUCCAAUGAAGAAAGAAAACAACCCCUGGGACCUUCUGUAGGCUGAGGCAGAGAUGAAGAAGAUGAAUGACCAAAGUGGCUGCUACAGGCCCGUGAAUAUCCAGGGAAACAAGGUCAGUUACCGCGGCACCUGUCGGGACAGCCCGGAAAAGGAGGUGAAAAAGCUGCAGAAGAGAUUUCUCCACAAGGAUGGCAGCUGCAACGUCUACUUCAAGCACAUCUUCGGGGAGUGGGAGAGCUACGUGGUGGACAUUUUCACCACGCUGGUGGACAUCAAGUGGCGCCACAUGUUUGUGAUUUUCUCCCUGUCCUACGUGCUCUCGUGGCUGUUCUUCGGCCUGGUGUUCUGGCUGAUUGCCGUCCAGCACGGGGACAUAUUCAAUGAUGAGGAGGUCACCCCGUGCGUGGCGAACGUGCACAGCUUCACGGGAGCUUUCCUGUUCUCCCUGGAGACCCAGACCACCAUCGGGUACGGGUACCGCUGCGUGACCGAGGAGUGCUCGCUCGCCAUCCUCAUGGUGAUCCUGCAGUCGGUGCUGAGCUGCAUCAUCGACACCUUCAUCAUCGGCGCGGCCUUGGCCAAGAUGGCCACGGCCCGGAAGAGGGCCCAGACCAUCCGUUUCAGCUACUACGCCGUGGUCGGGCUGAGGGAUGACAAAUUCUGCCUGAUGUGGCGCAUCGGGGACUUCCGGCCCAACCACAUGGUGGAGGGCUCCGUGCGCGCGCAGCUGCUGCGCUACAAGGAGGACAAGGAGGGCAGGAUGACCAUGGAGUACCGGGACCUCAAGCUGCUCAACGACCAGAUCAUACUGGUCACGCCGGUCACCGUCGUCCACGAGAUCGACAGCGACAGCCCCUUGUACGGCCUGGACCGCAAAGCUCUGGCCAAGGACAACUUUGAGAUCUUGGUGACGUUUGUCUACACGGGUGACUCCACGGGGACUUCCCACCAGUCGCGGAGCUCCUACGUCCCCAGAGAGAUCCUGUGGGGCCACAGGUUCAACGACGUCCUGCACGUCAAGAAGAAGUACUACAAGGUGGACUGCUUGCAGUUUGAGGAGACCACGGAGGUGUACGCCCCUCACUGCAGCGCCAUGCAGCUGGAGCGGAAGGAGCAGGAGUGGAACCGCGCCGAGAAGACGCGGGAGAAGCAAGAGGAGAAGUCGGCCCUGGAAAUCAAGUCCAGCCAAAAGUCCUUCAGUGCUGUUGCCCUCGUCACCAGUUGUGAGGAUCCUGAGGAGCCCGUGACAGCUUCCAGCCAGCCUCCUGGAGAGGCUUCCUACAGGAAGGCGGCUGUCACCUUGAGCAGACUCUCCAUAGAGUCCCAAAUCUGACUUUUCCUGCCAUUAAAUCCCCUCCCAACAAAUUCUCCCCUCGUAGCUCCUCGAAUACAAACAAGGAAUGGCAGUAUUUGUAUCCGAGACCUCGUGCCCACGCUGUCACAUGCUGUCACACGCUGUCACGUGCUGUCACACCCUGCUGGGCUGCUGUGGGCACGAGGGAGCAGCUUCCACUUGGGAUGCCCAGAGAGCCGCUGCACUUGAGCAAACCCUGAGAACUUCCUUCCCCUGCAGGGACCAGGGCUGGCCGUGCCCAGGGACACAGGAUGACCGUGGCAGGGCACACAAACCAUGCCCUCUGCCCUCUGAGUAGGGGUUUCAAAACUGCCUCAUUGGUUUGGAGAGCCCAUUCCCAGUGCCUCCAGGAGGCUCCAUUAUCCCAACAGAUGAUUCCUCAGAUGCAGCCUCAUCCCAGAGCUCCUCUGGGGAAUCUGUGGGGCUGUUCUGUGUAAGACAAAGGAAUAACUGACCCCAGUGUUCCUGGGUGGCUUUGGACACCUGUUCACACCCUGCCCAGUCCUGUGGGAUCCACUGUGGGAUCCUGGAGAGCUUUCACUCCCUAAUGAUGAGCCAUUCCCUGAGGUGCAACUGCCUCAGCAGCUGGAGAAAUACAGGAGAUUAAAAAAAAACCAAAAAAAACCCCACCAAACAAAAAAACCCACCACAUACAUACAUACAUACAUACAUACAUACAUACAUACAUACAUACAUACAUACAUAUAUAUAUAUAUAUAUAUAUAUAUCUCAAACCAAGACCUCCAGUUUUAAAUCAGCAAAAUCAGGUUGAGCCUUGAGAAGAUCAUGUCUGGAGUGAGCUGUGCAAUAUUUUAUAUCAAAUCCUCUUUCAUUUCAUUUCAUUUUGCUUUUCUUUUUAUGUGUUGCACUUCCUUGCAGAGACAAAGAUCAAUCUGCAGAACAAACAGGGUGAUUUUGUCAAAAUGAGAAAUGCUUGUCUGAGACGGCUGUGCAAAAAUGAUCCUUCACGGAGAGAUCCAACAACUCCUCUGUUGGCUCAGACUGGGAAAAAAAGGAAAAUGUUGAUGCUCUGAAGGUGUCUGUGACGCGGAAGUUCCGCGCUCUGCACAUCCCUGUAAUUAUUUAGUGAGCAAUGCCUCAUCAUGCUUUUGCCCCUGAUGAUUGCAGUUCAUUUGCGUUGUGUUUAAUUAUCCUGCAAAUGUAAAAUAAUCGUAUCGGAGUUUGUGGUGCUGAUCUCUCCUGGCCUUAGCAGCAAAGAAAUUCAGUGUUUGCCUGCUCUCCGUGCUUGCUGGAACUCUUCUCUCUCCACAGGGGAGUUCACUCCACCUUCCUCAGGUUUUUAGGGAGCUGAGGGAAGCAGGAUGAAUUUUCCUGGAAAUGCUCAUCCCUCUCCAUUUAUUGCUGGAGGAGAUGAAACGACUGCUGUGGAAAUGCUGCCUAACUUUAGGCUGCUAAAAUUAGGUCUGACGAGUCAUUCACAUCAUUCUGACUAAUUAAUUGGGUUUUUAUGAGCUCAUCACAUUUAAUGAAGAAAAAAAUAGCCUGCUAAGUGUUUUGUUGGGGGUUUCCCCCCCCCCCUGCAAUUUACUCCACAUCGUAGUAGUCUUGGUGGAUUAUUUGAAUGUAUUUCUCUUUUGAUAGCACUUGUCUCUGGAUAAACGUGAUCCCUUUAGUUAAAAUGAAGCCUGGAGGGUGUUGGUUAUUCCAAAACUCAUUAAUUAUCCUAUUUUAUGUGCUGAUUCAUCAGCAGCAGCCACUUUUAAGUGCAGUAAAAACCAUCUUCUUGUAUCCUGGAUUUAAACACUGGCAGACAUGGGGGAAAUAGUCUAGAAAAAAAAUGGCAAGGAAUGUAGGAAAAUGUAGGAAAAUGUGGAAGGGUCUGAGUACUUCUGUGGCGUUGGAAAAAACACCAUUGGGAUUGAAUAAAAUAGAAUAUCACCUUCCAGACAUGGGAAUUAACCCUUCCACUCCCCUCAGAUCCUGGCUGGGAUGAUUUUAUUUAAUGCUGGGCACCUCUUUUUGGGAAAGACCUGGAGGAAUUGGGAGGGAAUCGGGAGAUGUGGAAAAGCUGUCAGUGAGGAAGGAGGGAAAUGGCUCACGGUGUUUGAGUGCUAAAAAGCGUUGGGAGGCAAAGGUCUCUCAAACACGGAGACUGCAUUUGGGAGGAGGGGGGGAUAUCUGGGGCUGGGAGAGGAUGGGACACGAAAACACGGGAUUAAACUGGGAGGAAAGGGAUGGAAGAUAAUCAGGAAACACUGAACGAGGGUGAGGGUGACAGAGAUAAGGGUUUGUAACCUCGGAGGUGGCUCUGGGAAACCUGAUGGAGGAGGAAGCAAAGCUGGUAGUGAGGCAGAAAAGCCAGCCUGGAACUUCCCAAUCCUUCCCAAUCUCCCUUGGAGAGAGAGCCGCCCUUAGAUUUCAAGUAUGUGGCACCUCACCUGAGGGAGAGACCCUGGGAGACUGCUCAGGGAGAGCAAAUGUGUUCCCUCCCAUGAGGCUUUGCGGUUGAUAUGUUAAUCAGUUAGACCUCAUUGGUUCUUUCCCUAAUUCCGCCUUUUUACCCUACCUGAUUGGUCCAUUUUCAAUCCUUCCCCUGAUUGGUUCAUUUCUCCUUUUUACCCUACCUGAUUGGUCCGUUUUCAAUCCUUCCCCUGAUUGGUUCAUUUCUCCUUUUUACCCUACCUGAUUGGUCCAUUUUCAACCGUUCCCCUGAUUGAUUAAUUUCUCAAUCCUCCACCUGAUUGGCCAAGUUGUGUAGCCCCGCCCUGCCCCAGCUUACCUAUGUAAGUCCCUGCUCUCUCUGGUUCCUUGUUUUGGACCCAUUUGAGGAAGCAGCAGAAUAAAGGCUCCAAGGAACCUCCAGACGAAGACCCCUUCUCUCCUUUUGCGUCACCCUGAAAGCUCAGCUCACAACUGGGCUGAAAUCACCAGGCUGAGCUGAAAUCACCAGGCGCUUGCAGACGUGCCUGUGUGACCAGGUGCGUCCCUCUCUGGGGACGUCGUGGCGCUGACCGCCGCUGCCCGCCGCGGCAUUCUGCUCUGCGAUCCCGCGAUUUCCAUCCACAGGGCGUGUCCCGCGUGGACACAGCUGCGCUGCUGGCUUUGCAAGAGCUCACCCACGGUGUUUGCUCCAUCUCAGAGUAAAGGGACUCAGGGAGGUGAGAUAUUGCUACGUAAGUGACCAAAAUCCCCACAUUCCUUCCCAAGGUGCCAGUUCCGGGUGCUGGGUGCCAAAGCAGUUCCCGCUGUGAAGCUGGGGAGCUCAGCUGCCUUCCCCUCCCGAAGUUCUCUUCCCCGUGAGCCUCUGGAAAAAAAUUCUUCCUUUGCAAUGGCUUCACUGGAAAUGAAAGUACCGGGAGAUUUAGGUAUUAGUCCUGUGGUUUUUGGCACAGAGAGAUGCAAAUAAUAAAUACAAAUCCAUGGGUAUGGCUGGUAAGGUGUGCCUGAGUCGGCUGAUGAGGGUCAGGAAGAAACGUAAUUCAUGGGCACGUUAAUUAAUAAAAGGCUACUUUAUAUUUUCUUCUACUUUUAUCUCCAGCCUCUGAAACCAGCCUGUGCUGGAAAGAGGAUGCUGGGGAACCACUGCUCUCAACCAACCUGGCUGUUUUUCUGUUUGCUACUUUAAUUUCAUUUAUCUCAGUACAAACACUGUGUAUAAUAACAAUGAAUAGCAAAGCAUGCACCUUUUUUUU